AUGGCCCGAAGUGUCUGCCUUGGUGCAGCACGCGAGUCAAUACUACUCCUACACAAGGUCCUCGUUGAGGAUCCCAGUAGUGACCAAUGGUCGUGUCAUUACCAUCGCCUAAUAUCAGCGGCACUUACUGUCCUCACGAAUAUUCCAGACUCGCCCCCAAAUGAACGGACCAGCUUGAAGGAGUUGUGUACCACGAGCAUCGAAAUCUUCCAUUGCAUGCGCUCGGGAUGUCCGAGUAAAGGAUCUGCCCUGGUUGAAAGCGCUCUGGCCCGCCUAGCAAAUGCGGAGACGCAGGUAGAGACCAGAGUAGAAACCGAGUUCGGACCGGAAAUUUGGCAAUCGAUGGGCUAG